UUAAACAAAGGCGCGAAAGUGCAAAACCAUCGUUAGGGUUUCGGAGUUCAACGAAGGUUUUGUGCUCCCAAAUUAUUGUUCUUUCUUCGUCUUUGUUGCUUCUCUACUCAACUAUUCACCAUGAGCAGAUCAGGGCAGCCGCCGGAUUUGAAGAAGUACAUGGACAUGAAGCUUCAGAUAAAACUUAAUGCAAAUAGGAUGAUUGUUGGUACCCUCAGGGGUUUUGACCAGUUUAUGAACUUAGUUGUUGACAACACCGUGGAAGUCAAUGGCAAUGAAAAGAAUGAAAUAGGGAUGGUGGUAAUUAGAGGAAACAGUGUGGUUACUGUUGAAGCACUUGAACCUGUGAACAGGACCUGAUUUCUGUUUCAUUGUAAUAUUUCUCAGUAUAUUGCAUUGUUUGAAUUGGUGUGUAUUUUGAACAAUGUACAUGAAAUUGUGGAUCUUAAGGUUCUUUUCCUUUCUCA